AUGUGGCUGCCCAGUCCGCUCGCCAUUGUAACGACCUCGCUGCUCUUGGUCGCCUUUAGCUCUGGAAGCGAUGGGACGCCUGAGGCGAGCACCGUACAGUAUAAAGCAACUCUUGGCACUGGUCCCCAGUGCUUCGACGAAAUCAAUGCAGCUCGCGAGGCAGCUGGAUUGGCAGAGUUCAUUGCUGCGACAAGCACAGACCAGAAGUUACCUGAGCCCGGACAAGAAGCACUUGCAGACGGAAAGUGGAAAGACCUUUGUGAAUAUUUGAUACCAAUGCAGGUUGAAACACUUGCUGAUCAAGCGCCCACAAAUCCCUUUAGCGGAGGCACAUAUGCUUUCAAGAAGUUGACUGAUGAGCAACACAGCUGCAAGGAAACAGUUGAUUACUGGAAGGCAGCGUUUAAAAACUUCACCGGACUCCCGCCAUCAAAGAAUGACGCUGGAGAACUGUACAACAGUCAAGACAACGUUUCGUUCGUCGCUCUGUACAACCCUUCAGCCAAUGCCUCUGCAGACUGCCGGGUCGUCACUUGCACCCAAACGACGGGUGUUGCCUCAAAAUCGGCAAGCACGUCAGCUGAUACGGGAAGUGCAACUACAAAAAGCGGCUUCGCGUUGCUUUGCAAAACGGUGCCCACAGUUUUUGCAAAUGAUACCACCGCUCCAUUCACACAGGAGCAGUGGGACAAAAUCGUAUCAUCUCUCACAGGCUCGACUUCCAUAGCAGCUCCAAGCUUGGUUGUUUUUGGCAUUGUGGCAUUUGGCAUUACCGCGCUAUGA